UUGACGCACACAUUUCGCCUCAUAUUCCUCCUGACACGAAACGCAGCUCCGCGGAUCAGGCGUCGCGUCACUAACUCAAAAGGUGCUCAAGGUUCCCGCUCAGAACAUCGGUCCAGGGGGGGCACUACCGUAGGUUAACCGUUGGUGCUCACUAUGCCUUUUUGAAGGGGUACCAUUGUGACUGGCUUAAAGAGUAAGUUACAAGAUAUAUUCUUUUUUUUCUGGAUUUCUAUUCGUGAAGUGAGGAAGAUGUUUUCGUCCACGGGUAAACGCUGUUUUACGAUAGAAUCCUUGGUGGCCAAAGAAAACCCUCUAACUACGGAAGAUCCCAUCCGACCGACGGCUUUGACUUAUUCCAACCCCACUGACGGUUUCAUGAACGGGUACCAGAGUCCCACCGGCAGGUCUCUGUAUCAGAACCCGGAGCUGGUGUUCCCUGAGUCAGUCAACCACCCAGGGCUGACCAUGAACCCCCACCAGCUAGGAGGGGGCCACCUACAACACCCUGCACACUUCUUUGGGACGCAACACCGAGACCCUCUUAACUUCUACCCAUGGGUUUUACGGAAUAGAUUCUUCGGACACAGAUUUCAAGGAAAUGAUGUUUCCCAAGAUAGCAUGCUCCUUCACGGCCCGUUCGCCCGGAAACCCAAGCGGAUCCGCACCGCCUUCUCCCCGUCGCAGCUCCUGCGGCUUGAACGGGCCUUCGAGAAGAAUCAUUACGUAGUAGGAGCGGAGAGGAAACAGCUGGCCAACAGUCUCAGUCUCUCUGAAACACAGGUGAAGGUGUGGUUCCAGAACAGGAGGACUAAAUACAAGAGACAGAAGCUGGAGGAGGAGGGGCCUGACUGUCAUCAGAAGAAGAAAGGAAGUCACCACAUCAACAGAUGGAGGCUUGCCACCAAGCAGGGCAGCUCAGAGGACAUUGAUGUCACCUCUGAGGACUGAGAAUACCCCCCCCCCUCUCCCCCCUAUGUCCCCUUCCUCCUCCUCCCCUGGCUCCCUCCUCCCCCGGCCUCCUACUCCCAUGGCCUCCUACACCCUUCUACCCUCCUACUCCCCUGCCCCCCCCCACACAUUCCCUGGUCUCCUACCCUCCUACACCCUCAUUCCCUCCUACACCCUCAUAACCUCCUACACCCUCAUACCCUCCUACACCCUCAUACCCUGUGUCCCCUUUCUGAGGACCAAAGUCAAGACCCUAUUUAUUAUGUCAAGUUACGAAGUAUAAUGACAUGUUACAAGAAGAAAAAUACCCCCCCCCCCUAAAGGACUAAAAGUAUUUGAUAAGUUUCUUCAACAACAGCAAGAGAGGAGUGUUGUGAGUCGACGGUCGAUGAUGCAGAGAAAAAACAGAUUUUAUGGCACUUGACUUGUAUCGGUGGUGUUCCAUCUUGCAUCAUUAUACGGCUUCUCUGAUCUCAUAAUGUCUCAUCUAUCUAAUGCUCUUCGGUGCAUGACUUACAACAGCCGGAGCUGAGAAUGGUUUUUGUUUGUGUUUUUAAUUUGACAUAAUGUAAGGAUAUUAUUACAUGAUAGGUCGUUCACACUAAAGGCUGCUCGUGUUGUUCUGCAUUUUAAGGAAACAUAUACAAACAUAUACAAUUCUAAGAUAAUUUUUUUCUUCAGUUUCAUAACCGGGCCACGGUUCAGUUGUUGAACGUUGCAGAUAGAAAUGCCAUGAACAGAACCGACAUGUUUGUUCUACAGAGCAUAUUUCUACGUGAACGUUCCUGCUGAACACGUCUCUGGUGUGCGUACAACACAGGUAUCCACACGUUCACGACUCACUGUCGGGGGACUGCAGUAUGGAUGAGGAUUAAGGGCAUCAGGACUCAAUGCUGGCUAGGGUAGAAUAGGAUCAAUCUUACGGUAGACUCUUGUCAUUACUGGAAUGUUUACCGACACACAUAUUGACAUCAAUUUAAAUAUCACACAUAUAAAAAUGUAACAAUAAAAUGUAACAAUAAAUAAAGAUGUUUUAGA